UUUUUUCGCUUUUUUCUUCAUCUUCUUCGACUCAUUCUUCGAUUCAAACCAUACCCAUAUCGAUUUGCUUUCAAAGGUUCCAUUUUUAUCAAGCUUUGCAACCAUGGUGGCUCUGUCAAAACCUCCAAUUGAACAGUUCUUUGUGAAACCCUCCAAACCAAACACGAACCCAUUGAUCAUUCCAUCUAUUCCUCUCAUUGACCUCGCGAAACCUGAUUCCAAACACCAGCUUGUUAAGGCCUGUCAAGAUUUUGGAUUCUUUAAGGUUGUUAAUCAUGGAGUUCCUAAACGGUUCAUCAAUAAACUUGAGUCAGAAGCUGUCAAGUUCUUCUCGUCUCCUCUUUCUGUCAAAGAAAAAGCUGGACCACCCGACCCGUUUGGUUAUGGAAACAAAAGCAUUGGUAGAAAUGGAGAUGUGGGUUGGGUCGAGUAUCUUCUUCUCAACGCGAAACUGGAAUCGGAUUACCAGAGAUAUCUAUCUGUUUUUGAAGAAAACCCAGAAAUUUUCCGGGGAGUUGUGAAUGAUUAUGUGACAGCAGUGAAGAAGAUGGCAUGUGAGAUUCUUGAAUUAUUGGCGGAUGAAAUGAAACUGCAGCCAAGAAAUGUGUUCAGUAAGCUGUUGAUGGAUGAAGAAAGCGAUUCUGUUUUCAGAGUAAAUCACUAUCCACCAUGCCCAGAGUUUCAAGAAAACGAAAGAAAUGGAAGGAAAUUGGUGGGUUUUGGAGAACACACAGACCCACAAAUCAUAUCUGUUUUAAGAUCUAACAACACAUCUGGGCUUGAAAUCUCAUUGAGAGAUGGAAGUUGGAUGUCUGUUCCUGCUGAUUCUGAUUCUUUCUUCAUCAAUGUUGGCGACUCUUUACAGGUGAUGACGAAUGGAAGAUUCAAGAGUGUGAAGCAUAGGGUGGUGGCAAACAGUAGGAAGAGUCGGGUUUCGAUGAUCUAUUUCGGAGGACCACCAUUGAGUGAGAAGAUUGCCCCAUUGACAUCACUUAUGCAAGGAGAGGAAGACAGCUUGUACAAGGAGUUUACUUGGUUCGAGUAUAAGAAAUCUGCGUUUAAUUCAAGAUUGUCGGAUAACAGAUUGGGUCUGUUUGAGAAAAUCGUUGCAUCUUAGGCUUUUUAGGGGUCGUGCUCUUUGUUUUUUUUUGAUUUGUUUGUGAACCACAAAAUAGUUGUAGUGUUAUAGUGACUUAGAUAUCAUACGUUAACAUUUGUAUAUCUUUCUAGAUUCAAAGUUUCAAACCUCUCGUCUCAUACCGUUUUUUCUUCUGUAACUUGCACUUUUUGUGUUCAGAUUUCUUCAUCGUAAUCGACUUAAAACAAGAAUCUUGUUUAAUGAAA